AUGCAGGACGACGACGACUCGAUCAACGGCAACCGCUACAUCCCGUUUACCGAGCUGAUCCGGCUGGAUGAUGAGACGGCCGCCGUCUCCGCGGACGGGACACGUUCGUUCAAAUCCGUGGCCAAGGCAUUUGCUCCCGCCGGCGGCACGGCGGCGUACGGCGGGCACGUGUUCGCGCAGGCGGCGUGGGCGGCGGCACAGACAGUGAAGGAAGGCUUCGUGGUCCAUAAUGUUACUGGAUACUUCACGCUGCCGGGCAACACGGCCUUCCCGUUCAUCUACUCGGUAAGAGUGGUCCGGGACGGUGGGAGAUAUUGCGCGCGCACGGUCGAGGUGGUGCAGGAACACAACAAGGCGGGCGUCUGCUUCACGUGCACGUGCUCUUUCAAGAAGGAGGAGGCGGCGGGGUCGGUAGAUUGCCAGGACCGGAUGGAUUUGGGGGAGAAGUACAAGGUAGCCCUGGGCAACAGACGGCCGGACGAAUGGCCCGAGGCACCCGGGGUCGAUUCACCCUGGUACUGGGAAUCAUCGGCGCAGAAUGGCAACUACACGGAUCCGUUCCCGGGACUGUCCUUGCGGAAGGUCGACAUGGAGGCGUACAACGCGCCUCGCAAACCCCUGGACCGCAGGCAAUUGCAGUUUUACACGACCAUCGGGAGCAUGCCUCCAGUCUCGCAGAGCGCCAACUUGCAUGCAUGCGCGCAUCUGUACGCGAGCGAUCGCAAUGGGUUGUUCGUCAUUACGAACCAUCUUGGCGCGGGCGACGAUUACUCGGCAAUGGCUUCGCUGAGCCAUUCGGUCGUGUUUCACGUAGGAGCCAGAGAGCUGGCCAUGGCGGAGCUAGAUGAGAAGGAGGCGAGGAGGUGGUAUUGCCAGGAGUCGUGGAUGAGCAGGGCCGCAGGGGGAAGAGGCAUGGUCGAGAGCAAGAUAUGGGAUGGGAGCGGCGUGCACAUUGCUAGCACGCAUCAAGACGGGCUAGUGAAGAUCAACAGCAGUAUGCUUGGGACGACAGCUGCGAGAGGGAAACUGUAG